AAAAACUAUUCCCAUAGGGUAGUAGUAAUGCACAAGGCUGCUGCAGAGAAGCGGAUUAUGAUAAUGUACAAAUAUGUGAUAUUAAAUAAGGAAUCCCCGCGGGAUGCAAACAUGGAAAGCAUUACAGAAAGAAUUCCCGGGCAUCAACGGCAGCAUCGAUUUUCAAGCGCUGCAGUGCGCUCUGAACAACGCUGAUCAAGACUGGCUGACGAACAUUGCCGUUCAGCUCCACCACGAGGAGCCCAAACAUGGCGAAGUGUCUAAAAAGCUGAUAAAGAAUAGAGAUGGCUGUGUGGACGGUAUUGGGAAGCUGCGACAGGAGAUCAGUCGGCUGGAGCAGGAAAGCACGUCCAUUGACCAGCGCAUCGUCUGUGCACAGGACGCUGUGGAUAAACUGCAAAGUGAACGCAGUAAUUUAGCCAAAACCAUUCAGAAAAUCCAGUGUGAUGUGGCAAAAAAGAUUGAGUGUGAUAAGCGAAAGGCCCACGAACUAAAACGGAAGAUAUCCCGUAAUCGGCGCAAAGUGCGCGAUAAGAUCCUCAGUCGGUGUGCGCAGGUGAUGGUGCUGCGCGCUGGACAGAUGAUCCAUGCCGAGCAUCUGGAAGAUCUUAUUGAAAAGAAGCCCUGCAUUCUGGCCAACUGGAAGUAUGAUUUGAAGUGUAAACGUAAAAAACUAAUGCAACUGCAGACGAAACAGCAGCAGCACGAUCUGGACAAUGAGUAUGCACAACGCGAGCAGUUAGAAGAGCGGAGUUGUCAGAUUCGUCAGAGGCAGCAAGAUAUUCAGGUGUUCAAUGAAGAACUGGAUCAUAUUCGCCAGCAAAAGUCGGAUAUGGACUGUCUGAUACGCCGCUAUACUGAUGAACUAGUGAAGACCGGCGAAACACCAGCGGAUGUAGCUGCAGUUCGCCGCUUUUUCCUGAGCUUGCAUGGGUGUGACAAGGAAUGCCCGACUGUAUCGGUUAUGCUAACUCCGGAAAAUGAGGGAUUGUGGAAGAAAGCGUUGGAAAUUCAUGAACUGCAGAAACAACUGAUCGACAGAUAUGAAGAGAAUUUCCUGCUGGAGCAUAAUGUCCGUGAUCUCGAAUUGGACGAAGGCGUCUUGGCCGUUGCUGUAGAUGCUGAUUUCCCACCGGUGUCAGCGUGUGAAAUUCCCAAACCGUUACAGACCGGAUUUGUGCGCCCGAGCGCCAACAGGAAAUGCAGAACGUUGAGAACAAUGCCACGCUUAUCGAGUAAUCGUCCAAAAUCAGCUGAUGCAUGCAACCGUGGCAGCGUUAUUGACCAGUGGGCUGGAUUCGUUGUUCCGCCGGAAGUAGAAAAAGAUUGCAAUGGUUUAGAGGUCUUUGAAAAAGUCAGCUUUGGUCGUAAAUCACGCCCCAUCACACCAGCGUAUGGCGACUGCCCGCUAACCGAAAUUAAAAAGCGAUGUGAGAAAAGCCUUCCUACUUGCAAACCACUUGUGAAGAAGCCUGAAACGUGCAGAAAAGAACCAGCAGUACAAGUCGCAUCGUUUUUGCAAUCGGAUUCUCAGUUGUUCCGUGCAUUUAACGAAGACUGCAAUGCCGAAACGCGAAAACAAAUCGUCCAGAAACUGUCACGCCGGCAGCGUUCCUGUUCCCAACCAAAAACUUCUACCAACCGGUAUAACAAGUACGAAGUUGCGCAGAUUAGUCGCUGCUCCAACAACAGUCUCAGUGAAUUAUGCUCCAGCGGUUGCGAAACGUCUGAUCAAUGCCCCAAGAAAGCCGUCCGAACGUGUCAGAUCGAGAAAAAAACGACACAAACGGUGAAAAAAUCCUACAAAAGCCCGUUAGCCAGUACGGAUAAAUGCAGCGUUCCGAUCCGGGAAUCUCCGUUGCAGUGUUAUGACGAAGAACGAGUUAUCCGGGAGGAUCAGAAAAGAUGCGAGCAGAAAAGUUGUAACCCCCCAAAAUCUUCUUUAAUGACGUGCUGCAACCGCCAGAAUCUCCCAUCCUGCACAAAAGCUCCAUGCCUGCACGCACCAGUGGAUGAUCGAGAAAAUCCCUCACAGAAAUGCUUUAAGAAAGACUCCCGGAAAUGCGAACCCCUGUUCUCGUCCAGAAGAAAUUUCUGCAGCCAUACUGCCCAGACUCCUGAAUGGGGAAAACCGCUGUACCUUGUUGUGAGUGAAUACGAAUCAUCCAGAUGCCCGGCGUCGUCGGCGAAGUGCGAGCGCAAAUGCAAAGACUGGAACAAGAUUGCCAAAAGAAUGUUGACGUCCCCACAGCAGCGCAUGUAUGCCCAUCAAGCAGCUCGACAUCCGCUGGCACAGUGCGAACAUCCCAGCGCAAUUCGCCAAGUCAAACCGGACCGAUGUGACAGCAUCAGUUGCGCUACUCAACCCAGAUCAACAGUCGAUGCAUUGUCCUUUUUAUGUAGCAUUUCUUCCGAUUUAUUAACCGAAGAGGUCAAACUCCUUUAAAAACUGACGACAAUGUAGAGAUUUUCCGUAAUAGUACAAUCAAACACUGCCAAUGCCCAACAGCAACGAAACAAAGACAAAAUAUUAAUGAAUCGUAUGUACAACGUCAUCCGGAUGCGUCAAAUCGUUAAGCUUCCUUUUAAAAGUAAUCUUGUUUAUCCUUAUCAUAGUUUCCGGGUUUCUGAAA